AUGAACAGGGAGAAAGGUUUCAGCAGGAUCUCAAGUCUAUCAUCGUCUUCUUCUCUCUUCUUUUUUUCUUUUCAUCUCUGUUUUCUUUCAUUUCUUCUUAUUUUUUCUUUUUCUCUUCUUUUUCUUCUCUCUUCUUUUCUCUUCUCGCUCCUCCUUCUCUCUUCUUCUUCUCUCUUCUUCUCUACACUCUUUGUCCUUUCUUCGUCGUUUUCAUCUUCUUUCUUUUUCUUUUUUCUUUUUCUUCUCUCUUCUUCUUCUUCUUCUUCUUCUUCUACUACUACUACUACUACUACUACUACUUCCUUUCUUCGUCGUUUUCAUCUUUGUCUCUCUUUUUCUUCUCUCUCUCUUCUUCUUCUACUACUACUACUACUACUACUACACUCUUCUCUUCUUUUACUUCUUUUUCUCUCUUCUUCUUUUCUCUUUUCUUCUUCAUCUCUCUUUUUUCUCUCUGCUAUCCGCUUUCUUCUCUCGCUUUUUCUCUUCUUCCUUUUUCUUCACCCACCUUCUCUCUUCUUCUCUGCUUUCUUCUUCAUAAUCAUCUCACUUCUUCUCUCUUCAUCUUUCUCCAUUCUUCUUUAUAUUCUUUCUUUUCUUUUCUUCUUUUCUCUUUUUCUCUUCUUUGCUUCUCCUCGCUUCUUCUUUCUUCUUUUUCUCUAUUCUUCUUCUCUCUUCAUCUUCUUCUCUCUAUCUCUGUUCUUUCCCGUUUACUUACCGUUUCCAAUCUCUUAUACCGUCUUCCUUCAGUUUUGCUUCCUUUCUUUUUCAUUUCAUUUACUAUCUAAUUAUUCUCUUUCUUCCAUUCAUUUCUACUCUUCUUCUCGUCGCCCCUCUCUUACUUUUCCUUUUUCGUCUCAUUCUUUUUCCCUCAAUUCAUUUUCCUUCUUUUCUUUCAUAUUUCUUUUUCUCCUAUUUUCACUCAGUUCCUCUUUUGGGUUCCAUAUUUUUUUUCUUUUUCACUUCCUUCACCUCCUUAUUUCCCUUUCUUCUUCUCUUAAUCUCUCUCUUCUUCCUUUUCCUUUCCCUACUUUCUAUCCAUUGUAA